GCGGAGCCUGAAACGUAGAGACACCAGGACCGAAGUACCGGCUGACAUGUCUCCUCCAUAUCAGGGACUGAUCUUUCUCCUAUUAUUCUACAAUGCCUGCGCUAACCCUGUGUUCCAACCUUCCCUGGUCCUGGACAUGGCCAAGGUCCUCCUGGACAAUUACUGCUUUCCGGAGAACCUGGUAGGAAUGCAAGAAACUAUUGAGCAGGCAAUAAAAAGUGGGGAGAUCCUACACGUCUCGGACCCGUACACCUUGGCCAAUGUCUUCACGGCUGGAGUACAGGGUUCCUUGAACGACCCCCGCCUCAUCGUCUCCUAUGAGCCGGCAGACACGGUGGUGAAGCCAGACGUGGAGACCAUCCCGUCUCCUGAGGAGCUUCAGUUCCUGGUGGACCAGUCCAUUAAAUACGAAGUCCUCCCGGGAAACGUUGGGUAUCUUCGCGUUGACUGCAUCAUCGGCCAAGAUGUGGUGCAGACGGUUGGACCUUUUCUCGUCAAAAACAUAUGGGAGAAACUCAUGCCAAGUUCUGCCCUCAUCCUGGACUUCAGGUACAGCACCCAGGGUAAGGUCUCCGGAAUCCCUUUUGUUGUCUCCUACUUAUGCGAUGCCGAACCCGUUGUCCACAUUGACACUAUUUAUAACCGUCCCACCAAUACCACCAUCGAACUGCGCACAUUGCCUGCACUGAUAGGCGAAAGAUACAGCAAGGAUAAAGAUGUGAUAGUUCUGACCAGCAAGUUCACCCAAGGUGUGGCAGAAGAUGCUGCGUACAUUCUCAAGCAUAUGAACAGGGCCGUACUCGUCGGGGAGAAGACUGCAGGCGGCUCGCUGAACAUACAGAAGAUAAAGAUUGGCCAGUCUGAUUACUAUAUCACAGUGCCCGUGUCCAGGUCUAUCAGUCCUCUUACUGGGCAGAGUUGGGAGGUGGCCGGUGUCUUCCCUUGUGUGGUUGUCAAUGCAGAAGAUGCUUUGGACAAAGCUUUGGCUAUUCUGUCAGUCCGUUCUAAGAUUCCUGUUGUGUUACAUCAACUGAGUGAGAUCGUGGGCAAGUUCUACGCUUUCUCGGACCGCGUACCAACCUUACUGAAACUCCUCUCCACGAUGGACUACUCUUCAGUUGUUUCUGAGGAAGAUCUUGCCGCCAGGUUAAAUUAUGAACUUCAGUCAGUAACCGAGGACCCAAGACUUCUGAUCAGAGGAAAGUCGGAAACCCCGGCCAUUCCUGAAGCAUUUCCUUCUGCUCAAGAUCUACCAGAUGAUGAGAAUGUUCUCCAAGCCUUGGUCAACACAGUUUUCAAAGUUAACAUCCUUCCUGGAAACAUUGGCUAUCUUCGCUUUGAUGAGUUUGCAGACAUCUCCGUCCUUACCAAGUUGGCCCCCUACGUUGUCACCAAAGUUUGGGACCAAAUCACCAGCACAGAUAAUCUUAUCAUAGACUUAAGGUACAACAAUGGCGGGCCAUCCGGAACUGUUCCUCUGCUUUUAUCCUACUUUCAGAAGGCAGAGUCCACAAUCCGUCUCUACACUACUUACGACCGCCUCGAAAAUUCUACCAAAGAAUUCUAUAGCCUGCCCGAACUUCUGGGACAACCCUAUGGAGCUCAUAGAGGGGUCUAUGUGUUGACUAGUCACAAAACGGCCACAGCAGCUGAGGAAUUUACCUACCUGAUGCAGUCUUUAAGCCGAGCCACUAUCAUUGGUGAAAUUACAUCGGGGACCCUCAUGCACUCUCGGACAUUCAAUCUGGAAGAAACCCAAUUAACUGUUACAGUGCCAGUACUAAACUUUAUAGACAACAAUGGCGAAUGUUGGCUUGGUGGAGGUGUCGUUCCAGAUGCCAUUGUUCUGGCAGAAGAAGCCUUAGACAAAGCUAAAGAAAUAAUUGCAUUUCACCCAGAAGUGUUUGCAUUGGUGGAAGGCACAGGACAACUUCUAGAAGUCCAUUAUGCCAUUCCGGAAGUGGCUAUCAAGGUUAGUCAGGCCAUACAACAAAAGUGCUCUGAGGGUAAAUACCGCUCGGUGGUGGACCUAGAGUCAUUGGCAUCUCAACUUACAUAUGACAUUCAGGAGAUCUCGGGGGAUCAUAGACUUCAUGUCUUCUACAGUGACAUAGAACCUGAAGUCUCUGAAGAAAAACCACCAAAGAUCCCCUCCCCCGAAGAACUCAACUACAUCAUUGAUGCCUUGUUCAAAAUAGAAGUGUUACCAGGAAACAUAGGUUAUCUGCGGUUUGACAUGAUGGCGGACUCAGAGAUUAUUAAGGCCAUCGGUCCUCAGUUAGUCAGCCUUGUGUGGAAUAAGCUUGUUGACACAAGUUCCCUAAUAAUUGAUAUGAGGUUUAACACUGGCGGCUACUCCAAUGCUAUCCCCAUUUUCUGUUCCUAUUUCUUUGACCCAGAGCCUCUUCAACAUCUGUACACAGUGUAUGACCGCAGCACAUCAACCGGCACUGAAAUCUGGACACUGCCAGUGGUGGCUGGCCAAAGAUAUGGAUCCACUAAGGACAUUUAUGUUCUCACAAGUCACAUGACUGGAUCAGCUGCUGAAGCCUUCACAAGAUCGAUGAAGGAUCUGAACAGGGCCACCAUCAUUGGUGAGCCAACUAGUGGGGUGUCUCUAUCUGUUGGCAUGUAUAAAGUAGGGGAUAGCCACCUGUACGUGUCCAUUCCGAAUCAAGUGGUGAUCAGUUCGGUGACCGGUAAAGUGUGGAGCGUGUCUGGUGUUGAGCCCCAUGUGGUCAUUCAAGCCCAUGAAGCCAUGAAUAUCGCCCACCAUAUCAUCAACCUGCGCUCCAAGAUUCCCUCUGUCAUCCAGACUGUGGGCAAGUUGGUGGCAGAUAAUUACGCGUUUGAAGAAACAGGGGCAGAAGUGGCCUCUAAAUUACUCUCACUGGCAGACAAAGUGGACUACGACAUGAUAAAAUCUGAAGUGGAGCUAGCCGAGAAACUGAACUACGAUCUGCAAACCCUUUCUGGAGACGUCCACCUGAAAGCAGCAUACAUACCCGAGAACUCCAAGGAUCGCAUCCCCGGGGUGGUGCCUAUGCAGAUCCCGUCUCCCGAAAUGUUUGAGGAUCUGAUAAAGUUUUCCUUCCGUACGGACGUGUUUGAGAAGAACAUCGGGUACAUGCGGUUCGAUAUGUUCGCUGACUGGGAUCUUCUUCACCAAGUAUCAGAUCUUCUGGUCGAACACGUCUGGAAGAAGGUUGUGGGGUCAGACGCCCUAAUAAUUGACUUGAGAUAUAACAUCGGGGGCCCCACCAACUCCAUCCCAGCGCUCUGCUCCUAUUUCUUUGAUGUGGGGACCCCCAUUCUCCUGGAUAAAAUCUACAGCCGGACGGCAAAUGCUGUCACUGAAGUGUGGACUCUGCCCCAGAUCGCAGGUGUGUCAUUCGGCUCCACAAAGCCCCUGAUGGUCCUGACCAGCUCUAUGACCGCGGGGGCCGCCGAAGAGUUCGUCUACAUCAUGAAAAGGUUGGGGCGCGCGCAUAUCAUUGGAGAAAAGACAAGUGGGGGCUGCCAACCCCCCCAGACCUACCACGUGGAUGACACCCACCUCUACCUGACCAUCCCCACAUCCCGCUCCGCCUUAGGAGAACCCAACGGGUCCUGGGAAGGAAAAGGGGUGUCACCUGACCUGGAGAUCCCCACCGAAACCGCUCUGCAGGAGGCGAAGAAGAUCCUGGCCUCUCAGCUACAGGGGAGCAGAUAGGAGGAGGAGGAGCAGAUAGGAGGAGGAGGAGGAGCAGAUAGGAGGAGGAGGAGCAGAUAGGAGGAGGAGGAGGAUGUCCUAUCUGUGGGGGGGGGGUAUAUUAUUAUUAUUAUUUAUUACAAUACACCACACACUACACAACAUACAGUGCACCGCACAAUACACGCCAUAUGGUGCACUGCACACUACACAACAUAUGGUACACCGCACACUACACAACAUAUGGUACACCGCACAGUACAUGCCAUAUUGUGCACCGCAGAGUACACGCUAUACAAUACACCGCACAGUACACGCCAUACAGUACAGAGUAGGAAGCCCUGGACUACAGAGUAUCAAAGCCCAAUAGUUCUGGGUCAGUGGUCUCAAACUGUGGCCCUCCAGAUAUUGCAAAACUUCAACUCCCAGCAUGCCCAGACAGCCAACAGGCUGUUUCUCUUGGUCCUCGGUCCUCGGGGGCGGUCCAUCAUUUUCCAUAGAUCUUUAUAGUAGUCAGGAGUUGAGGGAAUGUUCUGACGUUUCAGUGUUUAGGGGAUUUGACGCUCUGAUCUCUACAGAAAUAUUGGGGACAGGACUUUGGGCGG